AUGGCCGCUGCUGACGUCUUAGUUGUGAAUGGGGUCGAGGGUGACGCCGAGAACAACAGUUUCAGAGGCAGUCCUGACUGGACGAUCCCACUAUGGCGAGACGGAGAACAGGUCAAGACCGACGCGUCCUUCGAAAUUGUCUCCCCAGGAACAGACAAAGUACUCUACAAGUCUUCAGGCGCCUCAGUCGACGAUGCGACUGCUGCAAUCGCAGCCGCAGAGAAGGCGUUGCCAGCAUGGAGCCAGACAAAGCCUGGCUUCGGACGAGACCUGUUGUUGAAGGCGGCGGCAGAGUUGGCACGCCGCCAGGACGAUCUACGGAGACUGGAUCUACUGAGCCAUACUUCGACUUCGACUUCAAUUGAUGCUCUGGAAUCGCUGAAGAGUUGCGCCGGAUUGAUCUCCUCUGCGAGCGCGCAAGGCCAAGUCCCCAGCAUCUUAGCCGAAGAUCGAAGCGCUAUGGUCAUUAGAGAGCCGUAUGGAGUAGUCGUGGCUAUUGCUCCAUGGAACGCUCCAUGCAUUCUCGGUCUGCGAUCAUUCCUCGGCCCACUUGCUAUGGGCAACACUGUUGUGCUCAAGUGCCCGGAGAAGGCUCCUGGUGUAUACUGGACUCUUGCAGACAUUUUCCACAAAGCCGGUCUCCCAGCUGGCUGUCUUAACACGAUCAUUCACAAGCCAGAAGAUGGACCCGAGAUCACCGAGACCUUGGUCUCAUCACCGACUGUUCGCAAGAUCAACUUUACAGGCAGCACUGCUGUAGGAUCAAUCAUUGCUAGUCUUGCUGGCAAGCAUCUCAAGCCGGUGCUUAUGGAACUCGGCGGGAAAGCUCCAGCCAUCGUGUGUGAAGAUGCCGAUUUCGAAAAUGCUGCGCUGCAGUGCACUUUGGGAGCAUUCCUCUAUUCCGGUCAAAUCUGCAUGGCUACAGAGCGUAUCCUGGUGAACGCCAAGGCAACUGACAAAUUCCGCCAAAUCCUCGCUGGCACGAUCGAUGCAGUAUUCCCAGACAAAAACGGCCUCGUUCUCAUUGACCAAGCUCCAGUGGCGCGGAACGCAAAGCUCCUCAAGGAUGCUGUCGACAAAGGCGCAAAGGCCAUCUAUGGCGACAUCUCUGACAAGCGAGAUCUUGCCACCGCCAUGAGGCCUGUCAUUCUCGAAGGUGUCAAGGACAGCAUGGAUCUGUACCAUGCUGAGUCCUUCGGACCUACCGUGUCUCUCUUCAUUGUUGAGGAUGAUGAACAAGCUAUCAAGAUUGCCAACGAUACGGACUAUGGACUUGCCUCGGCUGUGUUCACUGAGAACUUGCAGCGUGGUCUCCGAAUCGCGAGACGCAUCGAGACGGGUGCAGUCCACAUCAACUCUAUGUGUGUCCACGAUGAGACGAACUUGCCGCAUGGUGGAGCGAAGGAGAGUGGCUUUGGACGCUUCAAUGGUGAGGAAGGGCUGCGUGAGUGGACGAGGACCAAGGCGAUCGCCUGGAAGAAUUAG